AUGGCUCGGUCGAAGCUGAAGCCUUUCUCAACCUACGAGCAAGUGGCCGUUGCAAUUGAGCGUUUACUGCAGACGACUCUAGCUAUCAUCGCCCUCGGCGUUAUCUACCGCUACUGCUGGAUUGAUAUUUCGGAUCCUUAUAAAUGUGGCGCACUUCUCAAUAAAGGCGAAUGGCUUGAUCCAGGCCCACGAUGGAGCUCUCACAAUCCCUUCCAGCUAUGGCAACCGCCAGGGUGCUUAUUGCACGAGUACAAGAAAGAUGACAUCCGGGAAUGCUUCGGCCAACAGCGGCUGGUCUUCAUUGGUGAUUCUACAACCCGGCAGAUCUUCUGGGCCGUUGCAAAGAAGAUGGACCAGGAACGAGCGGAAGAACAGAUGGCCGAUAUAUUGGACAGUGAUUACAAACACAGAGACCUGGAGUUCACCUCUGACGGUGUCACAGCGCAGUUCAUAUGGGAUCCGUGGCUUAAUUCGACUGGGUCGGAUGUUGAACUGAAGAAUUUUAGAGCAGACCCUCGCCAAGAACACGGCGACUUGGCUAGGAGAAGUGCAGGUCUGGUUCUGCUUGGGGCUCCUGGAUUAUGGAAUGCACGGCAUGGCCAAGAAAAUUACUUCAAGGAUUUCCGAGAGUCGAUAGACCAUGUCAUUCCAUAUAUGGAUCAUGCUCCUAUAGGUUCCGGGCUGUCAAACCAGCUUUCUAGGCCAUUCCCAGUUCGCCAAACGUCGCCCAAUUUGUUGCUACUGGCACCAGUUCAGGUCCCGCGGUAUCAAUACCUGUCUCCGUCGAGAGAAGAGACCAUCACACCAGAAAAGAUAGAUGCGAUGAAUGACCUACUACAACAAGUCUCGGCCCAUUCGUAUGCUGAUGUCGUGUGGAGCUACUCCUUGAUGACAUUCUCUGGUCGUGCGGAAUAUGAGGAUAGUGGACUUCAUGUGGUGGAGAAUGUAGCUCAUCGAAAGGCCGAUGUUCUACUCAACCUUCGUUGUAACUCGAAUGCUGCUUCAAGAGGCUACCCCUUCGAUCGCACCUGCUGCAGCAACUACACUCACAUGGCUGGUGUUCAAUGGAUAAUGCUACUUGGAGGGAUGUUUUUCCUACCUGGGUUAUUAUUCGUCCGUCGAAAGCAUGCUGCUCUCAGGAUUGGACGCUUCCUCCCCAAUCACGAGACUAUGAGUGCUAUAUCUUUGGUUGGACUCAUUGUAUGCUUCUGUUUUUACACAGAUCGUACGCAGAUUUUUGGGAAGUCCCACAAGCUGUUCCGACAGAGACAGUUCCUCCUGGCAUGGGCCGCCGCAUCAGCUCUUGGUCUCGUUUCAAUAAGAAGAAGCAAAUCACCUAUUUCAAGAAGAUCCUCUUCACUUACGCUUUACGACCGAGAAUUUCUUUCUCGAGACCAAAGUUAUGAAUGGAAGGGGUGGAUGCAAUUCUUCAUCUUGAUCUACCACUACACACAUGGGUCGAAGUCGCUCUGGAUUUACGAGAUCGUCAGACUCCUGGUUGCAUCCUAUCUCUUCAUGACAGGAUAUGGUCACGCGCUGUAUUUUCUGAAGAAUGGUGACUAUUCUCUGAGACGAGUUGCUACGGUGCUGAUACGUCUCAACUUGUUGAGCUGCAUCUUGCCCUAUAUGAUGCGUACGGACUAUCUGUUUUACUACUUCGCCCCAUUGGUCAGUUUCUGGUUUCUCGUCAUUUAUUGCACUCUCAAGAUCGGUCACCGCAAUAAUACCAAUGCCGAUUUUGUCAUGAAAAAGAUCCUCCUCUCGGCUAUGAUUACGACUGCUUUUACAAAGAUACCCGGCCUUCUGGAGUUUAUUGCAUUUAUGUUAAAAUACACCUGCUCGAUCUCCUGGAACGUAACGGAAUGGCGGUUCCGCAUGUAUCUCGACAUGUAUAUUGUUUAUGUUGGAAUGAUUGUGGCUGUUGUCCUCCACCGCAUGUCGCAACUUAGAUCCGGCUCAGUUGGACCAAAGGCCACCUUUGACAGCAUUCUCGAAUGGACCAUUAAACACAACAAGAUUUUCAAGACCGCCAUGGCCCUCCUCUCUUUGGGGCUACUACCCAGUUUCUGGCUCCUAACCCGACGAUCUCCUAAUAAACAAGAUUACAACUGGUGGAUGCCUUUCAUCUCCUUCAUACCCAUUCUUUCGUUCGUCACGCUGCGCAACUCCCACCGUUUCCUUCGAAAUUAUCACUCCGGAAUCUUCGCAUGGCUCGGCCGCUGCUCUCUUGAAACGUACGUCCUUCAGUACCACAUUUGGUUAGCAGGUGAUACCAAAGGCCUGCUACGACUCGGGCUCUGGAAUCCUUGGGUCGAAGCGGCUAUGCUGACCGCGAUCUUUCUCUGGCUCAGCUGGCUUAUCGCCGGUGCGACGCAGACGAUCACCAAUUGGAUCGUGGGGAAGAAGCCAGGAAGUCAAGGCUAUGGUGAAGAUGACACCGUCGGGCUCAAAUACUCACCAUACCUGUUGCCAAAGAUGGCAGAAGGAGAGGGCACCCCUUCGAAGGACACGAGAUUCGAUAUUGGACGAAGCAAUACCUCUCGAUGGUUGGAGAAGUGUGUUGUCCUUUUCAACGAGGAUUUGAGAUGGAGACUGGGACUUAUACUCCUGGUUAUGUGGGUGAGUAAUGUCACGUAUAGAUGAGAAAAGGGACUGUCAUUAUCCUAUGUAAACACAAUGUGUAAAGACGAAAGACGCCUACAUAAAUAGAUGAUAAUUGAAUUCAUGAC